AUGACCGCCGCUGAGCCCAACAUUGACGAGGAAAGCCUUCUCAAGGAUGCCGUGGGCUUUGCCACGGAGCACCGCUUCUAUCUCCGCAAGGCAGUGCAACACGGCGACUUCUACAGUGCUGUCCGGCACUCCCUGUGCAUGGCCAACGAGUUACGGUCAUGUCGGUUAUCUCCGACGAGCUAUUACAAGCUGUACUCGAUGGUGUUCUUGGAGCUGCAGCACCUGGGGGCCUAUCUCCGAGAGACCGCGAGGCACGGCUUCUCCCUUGAGGAGGUUUUCGAGAUUGUCCAGUACGAAGGGAACUGCCUUCCGCGGCUCUACAUGCUCGUGACGGUUGGUGUCGUACGAAUGCUGGCUCCUGACUCUGACGAGUCACCGGACGAAAUCCUUCGCGAUAUGGAGUCCAUGGUCGGAGCCGUACAGCAUCCGGUUCGAGGUCUCUUUCUACGAUAUUUCCUUCUGCAGGUGGUCAAGGACAAGCUUCACAAGCUUCAAGAAGGAGCUGUUGGUGCUCUGAACUUCCUGUUGACAACCUUCCGAGAAGCCGUGAGCCUUUGGCACCGGCUCCGCCUGACCCAGGUCCAAGUUGAGCCAUCAGCGAUGCAGGCAUGGCAAUUGGAUGACCAUCGCUACUCCCUGCGGCUGCUGCUAGGUGCUCACCUGAUGCAAGUUGCCCGAGUGGAUGGACUUACCCAGGACCUUUACACAGAGGUGGUCUUACCGGAGCUCCUACGCUUGAUCCCUGCAUGCGAGGAUGCAGCUGGCCAGGCGUAUCUUCUGCAGCUCAUCGUUGAGGUAUUCCCCGACAGCUACCACCUCCACACUUUGGAGAAGGUCCUGGCAACUUGUGCGCAGGUCCAUUGGUCAAUCGAUCUGGUACAGCUGACGCAACAUCUGCUCAGACGCUUGACGGUACACCUGCUGGAAGGAGGCGAUUCUUCCAGCUCUGCGACCGUGUUCGAACUGUUUCACGUGCACUUCAAGUUGUUGCACGGACGGCCGCGAACGACCGCCACCCCACUGAUUUCCCUGCUCACGCUGCAGCUGGAACUCUGCAUGUUCGUCCUGGCUUUGCAUCCAGGCAACGCGUGCUUGGACAUCUUGGAGGGGACGGUGGACCUCCUCCAGGCCGGCGACGGAGAGAAGGCGGAAACUUCGUCACCGGAGGUCUUGGAUACGCAGCUUGCGCAGGCAGUGGUGGACCUCAUGGCGGCACCUCUCACAAAGGAGAGGCUCUGCUCGGCAGUUCUGCAGAUGCCGUACCACGCAACUUUACUGGCGAUGCUGUCACGGCCAAUGCAAAGUCGAGCGGCUAUGGCAAUGGUGACGGCGCUGCUCGCCGGAGACGUCAGCCUCGGUGACUGCGGGACGUUGCGCCAAUUAUUCACGUUGAUGAGCACUUUGCUUCAAGACGAAACCGGACAAGAUGACGAAGACGCUCGUCCGAGGCACUUGGAGCAUGAUCCCAUCGCAUUCCGACGUGAACAAGAGACCGUGGCCCAACUGAUCCACCAGGUGCGGCAUGAGGAUCCCACGAAGGUGAUCGAAAUGCUUCUCGUGCUUUGGGAAUACUUCCGGGAGGGUGGACCACACCGGAUCAUCUUCUCUGUGCCUGCCAUGGUAUCUGCAAGUCUGGAGCUUGCUGAUCGUUUGAUGCACUCAGGUCAGAACCACGAACAAGAAUGCAGCGAGCUUGUCCGCAUCUUCGACUUGACGCACACCUUGUGCCAAAGCCUUGGCACCCUGAUCCCGAAGGAGUCUUUGAGGCUUUGGCUCCUUUGUGCAGCUUCAGCAGACCGUGCUGCAACUUUCAAAAUCGAUGCAGUGCUGGCGAGACUCUGCUCCAAUUGCGUGGACAAAGCGUUGGUGUGUCUAGAAGAAGACAUCUCCAAGCAGGAGGCGCGGCUGUGCGGGCUGCAGCUGUUUGUUGGAACCCUACAGCAGAUGAAGGUUGGCCCAGAGGAGCCUGCAAAGCUGCGCCAACGUGCCGUGGCUCUGUGCGGCAAAAUGCACUUUGGACUGGGUUUAAUUGUGGCUCAAUCCAUCGCCGGCCCGGGGCCGAAUCAGACAUCGAAUCGUGCGGUUUAA